GGGGUGGGGGGCUUUGGUUAUCGAACUGCCAGACUUAAGGAGAGUGUCUACACCAACGGUUUGGCAGAAGAAACCAAGGAGACGAAGUGAAAUAAACCAGCAACCCCCUCUCUCCAACACGACAUAUUUUUUCUCGCAAGGACUACUGUGGAUUUUUAAAUCUUUUUGACUUCUUCCAAAGACAUUUUUUUGUGCUUUGGUGAAGUCCAGGCAACACAGAGUAACAUUUGGACGUGCGUAAUUUGGAGAGUUCAUUGCCACACGGCGUCAGGAUGCGCGUACGUCCGCUGCUGGUCUUCCUCUGUCUGCUGUGCGCUGGACGCGCUCAGAAGUUCUCUGCUCUCACGUUCCUGCGAGUGGAUCAGGAUAAGGAGUGCAACAUGGAAUGCACCGGAGCUCCCAGCAAGCCCCUGUGCGCCUCCGACGGCAGGACCUUCACAUCUCGCUGCGAGUUCCUCCGAGCCAAGUGCCGUGACCCCCAGCUGGAGGUCAUUCGAGGGCAAUGCAAAGAUACAUCCAGAUGUGUAGCAGAGAAGAAGUACACAGAGCAGCAGGCUAAGAAGCUCUUCCCGCAGGUCUUUGUGCCUGUGUGCAACCCUGAUGGCACAUAUAGUGAGGUUCAGUGCCACAGUUACACUGGAUACUGUUGGUGUGUCACCCCCAAUGGCCGACCCAUUAGCGGCUCAGCAGUGGCCAAUAAAAAACCUAGAUGCCAAGGUUCAAAACAAGAGAGAGCUACUACAAGAGAGCCAGAUGAGACUGGCCUAGUGGUGGAUCCACAUCCCGCCGGCGAUGAAGAAGACAUCAUUUCCCAGUACCCCACUCUGUGGACGGAGCAGGUUCGCAGCCGACAGAACAAUCGAACCAGAGCACCAUCCUCAUCCUGUGACCAGGAGCAGCAGUCUGCCCAGGAAGAGGCGAAGCAGCACAAGAAUGACGCUGUAUUCGUCCCAGACUGUGCCCAUGGAGGACUGUACAAGCCAGUCCAAUGCCACCCCUCCACCGGCUACUGCUGGUGUGUGCUGGUGGACACGGGACGGCCCAUACCUGGGACUUCCACCAGGUGGGAGAGACCUCACCUAUGGUAUGAACAGCCAAAGUGCGAUGGCAAUGCCAGGGCCCACCCGACUAAACCUAAGGACCAUUAUAGAAGCAGGCAUCUCCAGGGUUGUCCCGGGGCAAAGAAAACCGAGUUUCUGACAAGUGUCCUGGACGCGCUGUCAACAGACAUGGUGCACGCCGUCACAGAUCCAGCAUCCGCCGGAAGGAUGGUCGAGCCCGACCCCAGCCACACCCUGGAGGAGAGGGUGGUCCACUGGUAUUUCAGUCAGCUGGACAAAAACUCCAGCGGCGACAUUGGAAAGAAGGAGAUCAAGCCUUUCAAACGCUUUCUGCGCAAGAAAUCAAAGCCAAAGAAGUGUGUGAAGAAGUUUGUGGAGUACUGCGACAUAAGCAACGACAAGGCGCUGUCUCUGCAGGAGCUGAUGGGUUGCCUCGGGGUGACCAAAGAAGAGGCGGCCAAACCAGGAGAGGGUUUAUCUUCCAGUAAACUAAAUCCCUCGAAGAAGCAAGGCUAAGCCAGCAUCUGAGAUUUCCCCUCCCGCAUGGAGAAUCUGCCCUUACUAAUCGGCAAUGAUGGAAACCAUAGCAUUUGCACUUUGUACUUUAAAAAAAAAAAAAUGUAAAUUCACUUUGUAGAAAUAAGGUAUUUAAACAGACUGCUGAAUCUGUGAAUGAUGUAGUUAGCUUUGUAUGUCCUGACAAACAAAAAAUAUUUAACACAUACAAUGUAUGUGUUCUUUGUGUGUCUAAAAAUGAUACUUUUCAGAGUUGUACAAGUUUUAAUUUUUGAUGUUGCAUUUUGUGCUCCUUUCCCCCAUUGUACUUUUCUUUUCACGUCGAUGAUGGUAAUGUGGAUAUAUGAAUAGUUUGCUACAAUAACUUAGACCGUGCCAUCAUCGUGCUUUGUACAGCAGUUUGCAAGAAUGUUUUAUACAUACAGCAUUAAAACAAACGUCCUCCACGUUCACAUAUAUUCAUGUUUAUUAGAAAUAAAAAACUCUUUAAUA